AUGAACAUCUUUGUUACUGGAACCGAUACCGAUGUUGGGAAGACCUUUAUCUCUGCUCUUCUGUGCAAGAGAUGGGGAGCAAACUAUUGGAAGCCUAUACAGACUGGGUUAGAGUCCGAUUGUGGUGAUACUGUCUCAGUGUAUAAGUUAAGCGGUGUUCAAGCACUUUGCGAGCCUGCGCUCAUGUAUCAAAAGCCAUUGAGUCCGUGGAGGGCAGCUGUGCUUGAAGACAGAGAACGUAUUGAUAUCAGCUCCAUCUCCAUUCCAAAGAAGUACAAGGAAGAUGACAAGCCUCUGAUUGUUGAAGGCGCCGGUGGAGUAUUUGUCCCGAUUACUGAAACUGAGAUAACCACUGAUCUCGUAGAACAACUACGCUGUCCCGUCAUUAUCGUUGCAAGAUCGCAGUUGGGCACUCUAAACCAUACAUUGUUAACGCUGGAGCACUUGAAGCGUCGAAAUGUCGAGGUUCUAGGUGUUAUCCUGAACGGCGAUCUCGACGAGGAUAAUGCAAAGACGUUGGACGCAUACGGAGCUAAUGUGAUUUGUCAAAUACCUCGUGCAAACAACGUGGACGAGGUGAUCCACCUCGUCCCAGAGUUGCACAAGGUUUAUAGCAGUUGA